GGAGCCCGCGGGCGUGGCCGCCAGGCUGCGGUGCGCCUUGCAGAGGUGCUGUAUACUGUCCUUUUUAUAAAGCACUUGGACUUGCAAACCAGAACCACCAAUUCCUUCCGGCUUGAUAAAAUCCAGUCGCUCUCGGGGAGCUGUCCGCACUUUGGAGAUGGUACAGGUCACGGAGGAUCUGCUAAGGAGUCCCCCGAGACAGUAAGAUUCUGUUGGCCAGAGUCCCCUGGAGAGGCGGGGGCGUUCGUGGGCGCCACCAAAACGUGAGGGCAGCACAAUUCCAUGAGCUUCCUGCGCUUUGCAUAGUGACAGGAUAUCCCACCACUGCCCAGCAAUCAAGCAGACAUCUGAUUGAGGUUUGCUGCAUUCCUUUUAAGUAAACACCCUUUACAUCUGGAGACGUAGGUUAGUUAGGUUAACUGGAGACGCGCCCGCCUCUUGUUUUGUUUCACAAAUACCGUUGGGAAGAAUAUCGGAUUCAUGCUCGGAGUGAAUUGGAAACAACUGAGGUUUAUGGAGAAUUCCUAGGUCAAGGCUGGCGUUUGAACCUUUCCCUGGUGGGUUUCUGCACAGUCGUUGCAGCUGCGGCAUAGCCGGGACUGAGAGAGGGUGCUUGCGGUUCAACUUGCGGACCUCAGUCCCCAGCCUGUCAUCUGUGUGUCUCUUUAUGGGGGGGAUGGGCUGCCUGACAUAAUUAUUAAACCUGGCAGCUGCAUUGGCGGCCCGGAGGAGCAUUUUUGAGUGAGCUUGCAGAAAAUGAGGGGCUUUCAGCUGGCGGCCUGCUUGUCACUUCUCGCUGCCUGAAAGGCGGCUCGCAGAGCACUUUUUCUUCUUUCUAAUCACCAAUAGCGGGGGCAGUGUGCGCGUUUCACCGAAGCCAUUGGAAACCAGCGUGCAGGGUCAAAGACAGCCGGCCUCCCAUGUCAGUGGUCUAGGAUGGCCAGUGAAGCCACCAACAUCCCAAGUCCUGUGGUGCGCCAGAUUGACAAGCAGUUUCUGAUUUGCAGUAUAUGCCUGGAACGGUACAAGAACCCCAAGGUUCUCCCCUGUCUGCACACUUUCUGCGAGAGGUGCCUGCAGAACUAUAUUCCUGCUCACAGUUUAACCCUGUCCUGCCCCGUGUGCCGCCAGACCUCUAUCCUGCCCGAGAAGGGGGUGGCUGCACUCCAGAACAACUUCUUCAUCACAAACCUGAUGGACGUGCUGCAGCGAACGCCAGGCAGCAACGUUGAGGAGUCCUCCAUCCUGGAGACAGUCACCGCAGUGGCUGCGGGAAAGCCUCUCUCUUGCCCAAACCACGACGGGAAUGUGAUGGACUUUUACUGCCAGUCUUGUGAGACCGCCAUGUGUCGGGAGUGCACGGAGGGGGAGCAUGCAGAACACCCCACAGUGCCCCUCAAGGACGUGGUGGAGCAGCACAAGGCUUCGCUCCAGGUCCAGCUGGACGCUGUCAACAAAAGGCUUCCAGAAAUAGAUUCUGCUCUUCAGUUCAUCUCAGAAAUCAUUCACCAGCUAACCAACCAAAAGGCCAGCAUUGUGGAUGACAUCCAUUCUACCUUUGAUGAGCUCCAGAAGACUUUAAAUGUGCGCAAGAGCGUGCUGCUCAUGGAACUGGAGGUCAACUAUGGCCUCAAACACAAAGUCCUCCAGACGCAGCUGGACACACUGCUCGAGGGGCAGGAGAGCAUUAAGAGCUGCAGCAACUUCACCGCGCAGGCCCUCAACCAUGGCACCGAAACGGAGGUGCUGCUGGUGAAGAAGCAGAUGAGCGAAAAGCUGAACGAACUGGCCGACCAGGACUUCCCACUGCACCCGCGGGAAAACGACCAGCUGGAUUUCAUCGUGGAGACCGACGGGCUCAAGAAGUCCAUCCACAACCUUGGCACGAUCUUAACCACCAACGCGGUGGCCUCCGAGACGGUGGCCACGGGAGAGGGGCUGCGGCAGACCAUAAUCGGGCAGCCCAUGUCCGUGACCAUCACAACCAAGGACAAAGACGGGGAGCUUUGUAAAACUGGUAAUGCCUACAUCACUGCGGAGCUGAGCACCCCCGACGGCAGCGUGGCCGACGGAGAAAUCCUCGACAACAAAAACGGCACCUAUGAGUUUUUGUACACUGUCCAGAAGGAAGGGGACUUCACCCUCUCUCUCAGACUCUACGACCAGCACAUCCGAGGCAGCCCGUUCAAGCUGAAAGUGAUCCGGUCAGCGGAUGUGUCGCCCACCACCGAGGGUGUGAAGAGGCGCGUGAAAUCCCCGGGGAGCGGUCACGUGAAGCAGAAAGCUGUGAAAAGGCCCGCAAGCAUGUACAGCACUGGGAAACGAAAAGAGAACCCCAUCGAAGACGAUCUGAUCUUUCGAGUGGGUACCAAAGGCAGAAAUAAAGGAGAAUUUACGAAUCUUCAAGGGGUAGCUGCAUCUACAAGUGGAAAGAUAUUAAUCGCAGACAGUAACAACCAGUGUGUGCAGAUAUUUUCCAAUGAUGGCCAGUUCAAAAGUCGUUUUGGCAUACGAGGACGCUCUCCUGGGCAGCUGCAGCGGCCCACAGGGGUAGCUGUGCACCCCAGUGGGGACAUCAUCAUUGCAGAUUAUGAUAAUAAAUGGGUUAGCAUCUUCUCUUCAGAUGGGAAGUUUAAGACAAAAAUCGGAUCAGGAAAGCUGAUGGGGCCCAAGGGAGUGUCUGUGGACCGCAACGGGCACAUCAUUGUUGUGGAUAACAAGGCUUGCUGCGUGUUUAUCUUCCAGCCCAACGGGAAAAUAGUCACCAGGUUUGGGAGCCGAGGCAAUGGGGACAGGCAGUUUGCAGGUCCCCAUUUUGCAGCUGUAAAUAGCAAUAAUGAGAUUAUUAUUACAGAUUUCCACAAUCAUUCUGUCAAGGUAUUUAAUCAAGAAGGAGAAUUCAUGUUGAAGUUUGGCUCAAAUGGAGAAGGAAAUGGGCAGUUUAAUGCUCCCACGGGUGUAGCAGUGGAUUCAAAUGGAAACAUCAUUGUUGCAGACUGGGGAAACAGCAGGAUCCAGGUUUUUGAUGGAAGUGGAUCGUUUUUGUCCUAUAUUAACACAUCUGCUGACCCACUCUACGGCCCCCAAGGCCUGGCCCUGACGUCAGACGGUCAUGUUGUGGUUGCAGACUCUGGGAACCACUGUUUCAAGGUCUACCGGUACUUACAGUAACAGUGGGCAGCUGGACAGCCCCUUGCAAAGGUCUUGCACUAUUAACUGGAAUGGAUUUCUCGGCGCGGGACCAGAUUAUACUAGACUUUUCAUGCUGGAAGGAAUCAUUGGUGAACUUUCCAAGGUUAUUUCUGAAUGUAACAAUUUCCUUAAAAAACUGCAUAUCUGACUUCUGUAAUUGACCUUUAGGGUUUAAAAAAGCAGAUCUCUUCUACUGAAUCUAUAAAACUGCAAAGUUUUACACCUGUGAACUAUGGCUUAUAGGACAGGGAUUUAUGUAGCUAAGCUAAUUUUGCAAAUCAAACAAGCAUUAAAAAAACUAGAAUAUUUAAAGGUAUUUGUUAAUCCUGUAGAUGGUAGCUUUUGCGCAGAGCUUCCAAACACAAAACAAAAAUAAAAUCUGUUGUAGUUAUAUACUUUAACCUCGGUCACAAGACCCCAGGAGAAUCUUCUAACCUCACUUUUACAGUAGGUAUUGUGACAUUUUUUGGUUAUCAAUAACUACAUAUAAGUAAUUACUUUAGGAAAAAAUAAGACUGUCUUGCAAAAAUCCUCUCAUCUGUGAUUUGCAGGCCUCUUGAGUCUAAUACUUACAAAUAAAUGCAAAUGUCCCAUCCAUCCUGGGUUAGAUCAAAGAUCCUUUUUGGGUGUUCUUUUCACUGUCUCUCUUUUGCUCCUUUUGUAUAAAAAAACAAAACAACAAAGUACAUUUUCAGGGAAACCUGAAAUUCCUAAUGCUUUGAAAAGCAUAUUACAAUAGUCAUGCUAUCUGUUGGAAAGCAAGCAGCCCAACUCCAGAUCAAUGCACUGGAAUGUAAUCAAGAAAAAGUUAGUCAUGUUUUCUGUGCCAUGUUCUCACCUGUGUCCCUCCUCUUCCACUUCAUGAAAGCGAAAGCUUUACCUCCUGCAAAAUGUCAGCACAUGUAGUAGGACACCAGUAUCCUAGGACAGAGAGCCAUAAGUAGCCCUUUGGAGGACUGAUGGUGUCAACCAAAGGCAUGUGAUUGAGUAAUGGUUUCCCCUUAGAAAGCAAGUGUUACCAAAGUUGUGAAAGCAUUACAGGUAAGGGCAUGUUAUGGUUAUUUAUCAUUGUCUAAUGAAUAGUAGAGGCAUUAAAGGACUAUAUAUACAUGAUUAGGGUAAGAUAGAAUGUAUCAUAUAUAUGUCUAUAUAUAGCUGACUCUUUGGUGUAUUGAAAUAGGCAGCACUCUGAAAGACAGAAGCAUGGUCCAACCUUCAGCACAUUCCUUUACUGCGAAGUUUGAAGCUGUCCUAGCAGAACAAGCCCUAAAGCAGUUUAAUUUUUGCUAUUUUCCAGGAAUGAUGGUAUCGGCUGACUUUUGGUUAAAAAAAAUGGCCUUCUGUGCUUUCAAAAAAACAAAAAGCAAGUCAAGAAAGAAAAGUUGAACUCUAGUUAUGCUUAAUUUAAACAAAAUAUAAAUGCAUUUUGAGAAAUGUUAAGAAUAAUUUAGUCAAUCGUUAAACUGUCAUUGGUACUGUAAAAUAAGAUGUGGUUUAUUUCCACUGUUUAAUUUUCUACUCAGUUCUACCAAAUAGGAUGUCAUGUUUGGCAUUUCGAUAGUGUCUUUGGGAUCUUUUUCAACUGAAAGCACCUUAGAACUGUACUAUAGAAAACAUUUCCCAUGUAUAAUUAUAUGAAUGUGAUGUUUAUUGCUUAUUAAUUUAUAAUUCAGUCACUCUCUUAUAUAGGACUUUUUUAAAUUUAGAAGGGAAAUCUAGCUACUUCCAGUUGUCUAUCAAAUUUAUGCCCAAAUCCACCUGGAAAAAUAUGUUUUCAGAAAGAUUUACAUUUAGGUUUAGUAUUUCUUUAGUUAGGUAGAGUUUUCAAAAAUAUUUGAGACUGUGAUCAAGUUAUAAAAUUCAAUAACAUUUUUAGAAUGUUAAGAUACUAUUUCCUAGCACCAGUGAAAUAAGUCUUUGAAUUUAAACCUUUCUAUUUAAUGAGUGCCUACUAGGAGCCAGGCACUGUUCUAGGCACGGGGGCACAGUGGUGGAGAAAACAGGCAAAACUCCUGCUACCUUGGAGCUUACACUCUAGGGAGGGAAUUUCAUUUUGCCUUUUACUAACAUUCUACAUAAAAAAUAAGCUAGGCUUUUGAUAGCUCCUAGACUGUUCAAAAGAAAACUUUUUAAAUUGAUUAAUUUUAGUUUAUGUUCACAAGUAAAAAUGGCUUCCUAUUUAGAUCCUGUCACAGGCUAUAAUUGAUCUUAAAACUAGUUUACUUAAAGGGUUUUUUGGUUUUUUUUGUACAACAUUUAAAUUAUGUUUGUGAGGUUAGAAUUUAACCAGCCAUCAUACCAUAGCAGGCUGGAUAUCUCGAUUAGCAGACUGAAGACAAAGCUAAUUUUUUUACAUGUCAAUAUUGGCACAAACUGGAACGAAAGAAUAGAUAUUUUGAUUUAGGCCUGUUCACAAUAUGUGUUACUAAAACACAUGCUAUGGGCACUCCAGGAAACACUAUAUUUUCCCCUCAAAAUAUGUAAUCAUAUAUGUUAAAAUAUAAAUAACAUUUCACAUUUGGAUACAUAUGUGCAUUUACUGUAUUUCAUAGUAAGCAUAUUUUAGGGGGAAAAGUGCUGCUAAGAUACAAGUAGAUUUAAGUGAAAUUUUUUCACAUUUGAUGGAAAAUGGUUUCUGGUAAACUGAGAAGGAUAUUAAAAUAAGUGACUUUUUUUCUGGGUUACCAUUAUUGUUUGAUUUCUCUUUGUCAAGUGUACAGAACCUGUCAUACAUUCAUGAUAAGUAGCACUGAAAAAUUACCCAUUCAAAUUUCCCCUGGGCACUUAACGUAAAAUAUUGCCAGUUAGAAUGUAAAGGUCAGUGACAAUGAGUUCCCCUCCCUCCCACCCUCUACAGACCUCCCCUGCUGGACAUGGGGCAGGAGAGUCACUUGACCAUUCAGAAACAUAUGAAUAGAAAGCCUUUAUGAUUGCUUGCCAUUUUUUAAAUGGUACUUAGUAUUUUGAGCAAACUUUAGUCUCCAGUAACUAAACAAGUCCCCAACUUUCCUUAUUUUAAUUUAUUCUUUCACUAGAUUUGAGGCAAAUAAAUAUUACAGGUCCAUGAAACUAGAAUGCACUUGCUUCUACUACUAACUAUACAGGGUAUGUCCUAAUAUGGAGUUAACUGGAACUGCAGUACACAAGCAAGUGUCCAUGGAUCCUUAGCAUUGAAGGGUUCACAUAAAUGCUUUGGUAAUACCUACUGAGUUAAUUGGAGGAAAUAGCAAAUAAACAUCGAGUAAUCUGCAGAUUUCUUCAAAUGGGAAAAAUCUUUUUGUACAUUUGGACUCUAUAGUAUCCUCUCUAUUCACCAGCUUCUGAAAGGGGAGGAGUAUUUUUAGUUUAAUAAUUUUAAAAAGACAUUUCCUGGUAGGAUAAAAUUAAAGCUAUUUGCUGCAAACAUUAUCUAAUUUUGCUUAAAACUGAAAGUUGUAAUACUGUUGCAUUCUGUAAAUGUUGCAGGGUUUAAAAUUUUACAAUUACUUUAAUAUUUUUGAUAACUAGGAAUCUAGUAUUGCCAUAAAGGAACUAAGUGCCCAUUAAAGAUUUGUUUGGUAUAAAUAAAUAAUCUUUUGUUUUAAAUGACAGUAAGCUACAAAUCAUGAUAUUAAUCUUAAACGUUAUGAAGAUGAAUUGUGUGGCAGUGAUUGUGUGGUUUGUUUGUGGAGAAUGUACGAAAGCUAUUAAUAUUCUAAAAUCUAUUAAUAAAUUGGCUUUGUUGUUCCAAUGAAUGUACAGCACUUCCAUUAACCUUUGAAAGCAACACAGCCUUAAACAAUGCUUUUGCUUUAUGACAUGGAAUGUUCUGUCAUCAACACGAGUGUAUUCUUGUAAUGGAAUUCUUUAUAUCAUUCUCAGUUCUAUAGCCUUUCAAUCCUAUGUAUGAGUAUGAAGGGUUUUAGCUUCCUUUUUUUUCCUGUUUAAAUAUUGUACAUUCCAUCUUUAUAGGUUUGUUUCAUGUUUUCUGUAUAGAACACUAAGUCUUUGCUUUUUCUGACAUUGAUACUGAUAUAUUCUCAUCAUUUGUUCUUUUAUGAAUCAAAAUGCUGACUGCCUAUUUAAAGAAAAGAAUAAAUGCUGUGCAUCAAAGUGUUUGUACGUUCGUAGCUACAUAAGUACCACAGUAUUUUGGAUGCUUUAGUCUACAAUAAAACUUUAAAUUGUCUUGAAACAUAGGAGAAACAAGAUUCACGUGUGUAUCUUUACCGUGCAGAAAAAUCUCAAAUCACAAUAAUAAAGCUUGUUAUCUCCGUUUA